CUACACUCCAACAGACAACAGUGACACUACCACUAGGACGCUUCACGCUCACGGCUCACGGCUCACGGGAGGCCGAACAAGACGGCAAGACGCGCACGCCCCUCCGGAUCCUUUGGUUUAAAGCCCACCCCCCGACGCCUUCCCUUCGUUAGCGAGCCGCCUCCUUCCACCGCUGGCUUCCACACCUCCCUCGCGCUCGCGGUGCUGAUCUCGAGGCCCAACCAAAGGCCGAGGGUUCUCGCCGCGCGCAGGGAAGGGGACUAGGCAAAGACAAGUCAUGGGCUUCCAGGUCGCGGCCGUCGUGCCAUCGCCGUGCGCGCCCUCCUCGGCGCCCUCCACUUCCUCCCGGUCGCCAUUCCUCGGCGGCGGCUGCGGCAUGCUCGUGAGAUCCUCCGCGCCGGGCGGUCUUGUGGCGCGCCGGCGUGGCGAGGGGCGGCCCGCGAGGUGCGCGCUGAGCGCUAGCAUCGACGGGACGGGAGGCGGGGACUUGGAGUUCUUGAGGAGGAUCGAGGAGCUGGCGGCGUCGGCAGGGGCGCGGACGGCGGGAUGCGGGUGGCCGCCGAGCCUGGAGCGGAGCGCCAGCGCCGUCGGCCUGCCCCUGUCCCUUCGAAUGCUGAAGCGGAAGAAGAAGCAGCAGCAGGUGGCGCCGCGGUCGCGGUGGGACGAGCGGCUGCUCCUUGGCUCCGCCGGUGAGUCGGUGGGCCGCGCCUUCUCGUCCAUGGUGCUCAUCGUGCAGGAGCUGCAGAGCUUCGCGCUGCAGCAGAUGCAGGAGGCCCUGCUCUGCGACGACCUGCAGGGCGUCCUGGCGCGCGCUCAUGGCGAGAUGCACGCCUCCUUCGUCUGGCUCUUCCAGCACAUCUUCGCCGCCACCCCGGCGCUCAUGCUCUCCCUUAUGCUUCUCCUCGCCAACUUCUCCGUCCACUCCAUGAGCCACAGCGUCGCCGCUGCCGCCGUCUCACCGACCCUGCCCGCCGCCGCGGCUGCCACACUGGUCGACGCCCAGCACAACGAGCCAUCCAACCCGCGGUUCGAUGCUGUCUCUGUCAAGACAUUCUCGUCUGGCCGGACUGCGUCGGUCGGUGGGGGCAGCGGGGGUGGCGGCGAUGUUCGCCCCGUCGCGGGCGCUUCCAGCGAUGACCGGUGGGACGAAUCCCGCUACAGUCUUAACCGCGUCGCGCCACAGCAACUUGCGCCGCUGGCGGGGAUGGGCGCGGACGCCGCCGCCGUGGACGAGCAGGCCAUCUGGGAUAGGAUGGCCGCGGAGGCCUCGAGCAUGCAGGCCGACGCACGCGCCGAUGAGUUGACGGAUCCAAGCGUGUUGGGGAGCCUCGUCGCGCCGGUGGAGGCGGAGAUCGAGACGGAGGACGUCGGCGAGUACGCGCGGACGGAGCAGGGAUACGAGCUGGCCGUGUCAGAGGAGCCCAACAAUUCGCUCAUCCUCGCCAACUUCGCCCAAUUCCUCUACCUCACGCGGAAGGACCACACGAGGGCGGAGCACUACUUUGAGCGGGCGGUGCAGGCGGAGCCGACGGACGCGGAGGCGCUGAGCCGGUACGCGACCUUCCUGUGGAAGGCGCGGGACGACGUCGAGGCGGCGGAGGAGACGUACCAGGAGGCCAUCGCGGCCGACCCCGGCAACGCGCACUACGCCGCUGCGUACGCUCAUUUCCUCUGGAACACCGGCGGCGAGGACACGUGCUUCCCCCUCGAUUGACGCGCGGAGGAGGGGCCGAGUUCUUGCAUCGUCCGCGGUGGCAGCCGGGCACGAGGCCAGACGCCGAGAGCACGGCACCAUGGCCGGCCAAGCCAGGGGGCGGUGGAGUGGAGCCGAGCUAACUUUCCGUUUACUGAGUUAGGUUGAGUAGGUAUGCUCAGGGGGGCAGUGGAGGCUGUGGCGCCGUGUCUCCCGUUCCGGGAAUACGGCUCUUGGCCGGGAACGGGGACGAUGGACGUGCAGGUGUGAGGGCGAAGUCCCGAUGAGCUUGUCGGUCAUCUCCCUGACAUGCAAUGGAUGGCUGUAGGCUGGUAGUGUGGUACAAACGGGAGGAAGAAAGGCCAUGGUCCAUGGAUAUGUUGUGUAUAGCAACUUGCAUCCGGUAAUUAUGUACGUAUAUGAGCAAAAAACAAGUGAAUAAUAAGAAGGUGAUGGUGAUCUCCAUGCAA